AAAUUCAAACACUCGGCGAGCCAGGAAGGAGGAAGAGGAGAAGAAUGCAGCAGAAUUCGGUUUCCAUGUGCGAGCUCUCCCAGUUCCGCGCUUCCUCCCUUCUUCCCACCAAAACCUUCCCGGCAAUGAGCACAACUUUAGCUGUUGCUCUCCCACAGCCUCUCGGGGUCCGGGAGGUCAACUUCAAUGGACGACUCACUAGCGCCAGCUCCACUUCCUCGAGGUCUAUUUCUCUGGCCGGCGGGAGCUCUCGCUUCGGUUCUCACAAAUGCGCCGCCUCCACUUAUCAACCGAUUGUUGACCAAUCAGAAAAAUUUCAUGAAGCUGCGAAGAAAGGGAAUCUAAUUCCUUUACACCAAUGCCUGCUAUGUGAUCAUCUCACGCCAGUGCUUGCUUACAGAUGCCUUGUAAGGGAAGAUGAAAGAGACGCACCAAGCUUCUUGUUUGAGUCGGUUCAACCUGGUCUGGAUGCUUCCACCGUUGGAAGGUAUAGUAUCAUUGGGGCUCAACCAACCAUAGAGAUUGUGGCAAAAGAUAACAUGGUUACAACCAUGUACCAUCAUGAGAACCGUAGGGAGGAGCAGAUAGUGGAAGACCCAAUGGAUGUUCCUCGAAAAAUAAUGGAGGGAUGGACGCCUCAACUUGUUGAUGAGCUACCAGAAUGCUUCUGUGGUGGUUGGGUUGGUUUCUUUUCUUAUGACACUGUACGGUAUGUUGAGAAGAAAAAGAUGCCUUUCUCUGCUGCUCCGACUGAUGACAGAAAUCUCCCUGAUAUGCAUCUCGGUCUUUAUGAUAAUGUUAUUGUCUUUGAUCAUGUCGAUAAGAAAUCACACCUGAUUCACUGGGUUCAGUUGGAUCGGUAUUCUUCCACUGAGGAGGCCUAUAAUGAUGGUAUUGAUCGGUUGAUGAACUUAAUCUCUAGAGUUCAUGAUAUAGCACCUCCAAGGCUAUCUGCUGGUUCAAUCAUGUUGUCACCUAGUCUUUUUGGCCCUAAACUCGAUGUCUCAAGCAUGACAAAUGAAGACUAUAAGGAGGCAGUAUUGGCAGCUAAAGAACAUAUACUAGCUGGUGAUAUUUUCCAGAUUGUAUUGAGUCAGCGCUUUGAGAGACGAACAUAUGCAGACCCAUUUGAGAUCUACAGAUGUCUGAGAGUCGUCAAUCCAAGCCCGUAUAUGACUUACCUACAAGCUAGAGGCUGUAUACUGGUUGCUUCCAGCCCAGAAAUUCUGACACGCGUCAAGAAGAACAAAAUCACGAAUCGACCCCUUGCUGGGACUGUUAGAAGAGGAAAAACACCGGAGGAAGAUCUAGUGUUGGAAAAUGAGCUGUUGAACGAUAAAAAGCAAUGCGCAGAACACAUUAUGCUUGUUGACUUGGGAAGGAAUGAUGUGGGAAAGGUCUCCAAACCGGGAUCAGUGAAAGUUGAAAAGCUUAUGAAUAUUGAGCGCUACUCCCAUGUUAUGCACAUCAGCUCAACGGUCACAGGAGAGAUACUCGACGACUUAACCAGCUGGGACGUCUUGCGUGCUGCACUUCCCGUCGGCACAGUUAGUGGAGCUCCUAAGGUGAAAGCAAUGGAGCUGAUCGACGAGCUAGAAGUAACUCGGCGUGGGCCAUACAGCGGCGGCUUCGGCGGCAUUUCAUUCAACGGGGAUAUGGACAUUGCCCUUGCUCUGAGAACCAUCGUCUUUCCCACGAGCACCAGGUACGACACGAUGUACUCGUACGCCGAUGUCAGCAAACGACGAGAGUGGGUUGCUCACAUCCAGGCUGGAGCCGGGAUUGUGGCAGAUAGUAACCCCGACGAUGAGCAGAGAGAGUGCGAGAACAAGGCUGCUGGUCUGGCUCGCGCCAUCGAUCUCGCUGAAUCAUCGUUUGUGAACAAGUAACCUUUGAUCCCUUGGUUUUGUCUUCAGCAAUCAGCAGUAAUGCUCUUGUGCUAGUAAAACCUUUGCUUUAGCUUCUGCAAUGCCUUUUUAUUUAAAGGUAGAACCGUAGAAGUAGGAUUAUUUUCAAUUGCAAUUCGAAUGGAGGGAAAUGGUGUUGACUGUUGAGCAAUUGUAAUUGGGCUUGGUCCAAGGAUAGUGGACUACUGAUCCAAGUCCAUCUAUUGACUUUGCCCGGCCCAUGAAGCUAUUUUGCAGUGGGCCUAGGCUCCUAGCUAAUUGAUCGAGUAUGACCUAGAUUAGGUAGUUGCUGAGAUGUUAGUUAGGUUAGUUAUGUUCCGAGUCGAACAAGUGGGACUGAGAAAAGGAGAAUGGAACCAAAGAAUCGUAACUUCUUUAGUGUUACCCUGAAUAAUCUACUUUUCAUUCAAGUGGGGAAUCGUCUUUGGUUGGACGAGCUCAUCAAUACCCACUAGUCUGCUACUACUAGGGUUGCCGUACUGGAUCAAACCGACGCUUGUACCGAAUCAUAUAGAACCAUAUAUAAUGUGGUGUGGUUCUUGGUCCCAUUCAUUUUAUAAAUAUUGAAG